AUGUUGCAAUGUCGAGCGUGUCUAAAAGAUGAUGGCUAUUUGGUGCCAUUUAAUGACAAAGACAUUUAUUACUUUAAUUUACUUACUGAUAUAAAUAAUAUCAAGAUAGAAAUAGAGAGUACUUUCUUGGAGGGAAAAAGUGAAGUAAAAGAAGACUGUACUGAUGAGAUAUUAGAAGGAGAUUUGAUUGAUAAUGAAGAAACAGAUUAUGAUUUAUUUAAUAAUGUUAUUAUUAAAGCAGAAGACAAUGAAGAUAUCAGUGAAAAGCUAACAAGACCCUCUAACAUAAAAAGAAAGAAAACACUUCUCUCUUGUGGUCUCUGCAUCAAAACAUUUACUGAAGCCGAUCUACUAACACUUCAUUUGACAUGUCAUAAAAACAGUAAUUCAUGCAAAAUAUGUUCUCGAAAUUUCACUGAGUGGCCGGCAUUAUAUGCCCACCGAUUGGAACACUUGACGAACAAACAAAAACAUUGUCACAUAUGUUUAAAAAAAUGUUACAAACCUGAAUAUCUAGAAUACCAUUACAAAAAGUUUCACACAGAAGACAAAGCUUACACUGUAAAAUGUUCAGAAUGCAGUCACACCUUUACAACGCCAAAGAGAUUACAGAAACACAUGUGGGCCUGCCAUUCUAACAGGAAGUUCUACUGUGAUCAUUGUCCUAAAAUGUUAGUAUUUCCUUAUGUAUUAAGUGAAUUCUUAUUUAAGAUUCAUAAGUUAAGACGACAUACACCACAAAAGGCAUAUUGCAAGAAAUGUUCACGUGUUUUCUGUGAUAAGGAAAAGUUGGACAGUCACAAAUGUUCAGAAAAAGGUACUAUAUGUCCGGUGUGCGGUAAAACUGUUAAGACGCACAAAUUGUUAGGACGCCAUAUGGAAAGUCACGAUAGCGCGGGAAAAUACAAAUGCGAGCGAUGUCCAAAAGUUUAUAAGUCGAAGAGCUCACUAGCGACACAUAACCUCAUACACGACGGGGUGCGGACUAAACAGUGUGAAUAUUGCAACGCUAAGUUCUUCUCGGGAUCAGUUCUUAUAAAACACAGAAGAAUACAUACUGGUGAAAAGCCGUACGUGUGUCGGGUUUGUUGUCGAGGUUUCACUAGCAACCACAACUUAAAGGUGCACAUGAGAGUUCACGGAGAGUACUUGAUAGAAAGAAGAAAAACUGAUGAUGUUGCUUGA